UGUACUUUUGAGAUUGGUACUAUAGAAAGUCAUGAGUUCCCCACCCUGCCCUAACUGGAACUGCCGUCUUAGGUUGGUGCUGCAGGACAUUUUAGGACAAAAAGUCUUUUUAAGGCAUGAAAAUAGCAGCAGACGGGUCUUGUUUGCUUUGGCAGAGGGAGCAGUUUUCCCUCCCAAGUAGCUCUGGGUAAGACCUAAUCUCUAAAGGUAAUCAUGUAAGUCCCAAGUUCCAAGUGACAGCAAGUGACUGCAGUUAAAAUACUCCCUCAGUCUUUUCUCCCUGUUAUUUUUGUAAGUUUACUUUCUAGGAGGUAGUUUACAAAUGGACACACUUCCUGUAUUUUUUCUCAGGUUGUGGAACACCUGCAGCUGCCAGAUGGGAUCAAGGGGCUCUUGUGGUCCUACUUUGAGACUCCCCAGCCGGGUGGCUUCUGCCAGAACAGCCACUUCAGCCCCUGGCAGCUGGGGAAAAACUGUCUGAGGAAUUCAUGUACUCAUAUUCUCUGGCCUUUGGGUGUCUGGCAGAGAGAGUAAGGAAUAAAAACAUGUACCUAACUGUCUUUAUGCUGUUUAGAUGAAAGUUGAAAAGAUGGGUUUCUUACUGCUAAUAUGUAGAAACACCAGCUUUAGUCAGUGGCAUCUUGUUUCUGAACAGACUAUAGAUGGGAACAGAAUGGGACUGGUGGAUUGGAUCACUUUCCCCUCUCUCCAAGUAGAUCUCAAGUGCCGUGGUGACGUUGGUUUUCAGUGCCAGUACUUGCCUCCUGUUUUUUAGCUUCUCAUUUCACAAGGUUGUUUCUUGGGUGACAGGUUCCCCAUCAGCAGCCAAUGGAGCAUUCCUCUGAGCCACUUUGCUGCCCCAGUGAGCUGCCGCAGUAAGCCAACUUGCUCUUGUCUGUUUUUCGUAUGUCAGGGCCUAUUGCUGACCCUGCAGAGAUCAAACUAAGAUGACUACGGAGAGAGAAGCUGCAAAAACAAUGUAUGUAAUCUUUCACCUCUGGUUCGGAUUGGGAUGCCUGCUUCCUCUCUCCUUUUGGACUUAUUUUCCUUUGGCUCUGGUAGGUUUGGGCAAGAAGUGUCAGAGCCACUCACUAAGGAGGCAAAGUGCCUGUCCUCUGAAGUCUUGCAAAUUUAAAACUUCAGCCUUUUUGGAUGCCAAAAAGUAAAGGUGGUCCUAGAAUAUUAGACUUGGAAGGUCUAGUGCAGACUCCUUACUUUGUGUUGGGAUUACAGAAACUCAGAGAGGUUAAGUGACAUUUUCAAGGGCACACAAUGCUUGGGGAGAUCCCAGACCAGAACCAAUCACUUCCUGUUGACUCAGCACCUUGGGAAUACAUGGAGUUGGCCAUAAUGCAUCUUUUCUUCUUGGGUUGUCAUCGUCUCCUUAGGGGAAGCGUAUAUGCUGGUGUGCAUCUUAGCAGAGAACUGUAGUGAAGCCAGUGGUGUAGAACCAGAGAGUUUAGAACCACACUGCCUGGGUUUGAAUCCCCUUUCUUUUAUAGACUGGCAGUAUGACCUCAAGCCAAAUCCUUUAAAUUCUAUUCAUUUCCCCCUCUGUAAAAUGAAGAUUAUAUUAUCUUUCUCAUAGGGUUGUAGUGGGUUAAAUGAGAUAAUUCAUGUCACUCUCAGUACAUAAAUGUCAUUUAAGAGAUACUACUAUUAAUAAGUGUUUCAAAUCACUCUCAACAUGGACCAACCAGAUUUCCCUUUGCCUUCUUGCUUCCCAUUUCAUGCUUCUAGUCUUCUAAGAACCAGAACAAGACCCACCUUCUCUGAAACCUUCCCAUGAGGUGGACUUCGGAGUCUGACAGACUGGUUUUAUUUCCUAGCCUCACUGCUUAAUAGUUAAGAAACUUCAGUUUCCAAAUCUGUAAAACCUCUGACAAGAACCUAGAUUACUAUGAGGUUUGAUGGUGAAGAUGCAUAUGGAGCACAGUGCCCCAUGUUCCAUGACUGUGAGUUCCCUUCAUUAGUCCCUCCACUUUUCUUUCCAUUACACGAAUUCAUGCUCCUCUCUCCAUUUGCAUGACAUCUCUGUGUGGUUUAGCAUUCCAUGGCCCUCUGUUCCAGGAGAGGCGGUUCUGUCUCAGCAGUAUGUAGUAAGCCCUAAAAAACAGGGACUUGCCUGAUUGUGGCUUCACAGAACUGCCUGAGAGGUAGACACAGCUUCCGCAUCCUUCUUUGGAGCCACAGUGUCCACAGGGACCACGGCCUCUGGGAUUGCCCUUGGCCCAGCAGUGCCAGCUCCAGGCCUGGAGCCAGGCAGGCAGCCAAGCCCAUCCCCAGAAACAGCAGCCUGGUUGGCACAGGGGAGGAGGGAGGCUGGAGGCUGAUGUGCGUGCAGGGAGGGAGGCAGAAGCAGUUGGAGCUGAGAUUGAAAGAGGAAAGCUGGAGGCUAAUCUCGGUCCAGCGUAAACUGAGCAGAGCUACUGUCUUUGAUCUUUCAGGCUGGCUGGCUCCUCUGGCUGAUGGCAUGUUGAGGCACAAGGGCCAGUGGCAGCGAGGGCAUCCGAUCCAGAGGGGGCCACUCUAGAGACCAGGCCACCAGCACCAUGGGCCAGUGUGUCACCAAGUGCAAGAAUCCCUCAUCAACUCUGGGCAGCAAGAAUGGAGACCGUGACCCCAGUAGCAAGUCACACAGGCGGGGUGCAGGCCACCGUGAGGAACAGCCAUCAGCCUGUGGCAAGCCAGGUGGAGAUAUCCUUGUCAAUGGGACCAAGAAGGCAGAGGCUGCCACAGAGGCCUGUCAGCUGUCAACGUCCUCGGCAGAUGCUGGGAGGGAGCCCAGGUCCAAUGCCGAAGAGUCUUCCUUGCAGAGGUUGGAAGAACUGUUCAGGCGCUACAAGGACGAGCGGGAGGAUGCAAUUUUGGAGGAAGGCAUGGAGCGCUUUUGCAAUGACUUAUGUGUUGACCCCACGGAAUUUCGAGUGCUGCUCUUGGCUUGGAAGUUCCAGGCUGCUACCAUGUGCAAAUUUACCAGGAAGGAAUUUUUUGAUGGCUGCAAAGCAAUAAGUGCAGACAGCAUUGAUGGGAUCUGUGCACGGUUCCCUAGCCUCUUAACAGAAGCCAAACAAGAGGAUAAAUUCAAGGAUCUCUACCGGUUUACAUUUCAGUUUGGCCUGGACUCUGAAGAAGGGCAGCGGUCACUGCAUCGGGAAAUAGCCAUUGCCCUGUGGAAACUAGUAUUUACCCAGAACAAUCCUCCGGUUUUGGACCAGUGGCUAAACUUCCUAACAGAGAACCCCUCGGGGAUCAAGGGCAUCUCCCGGGACACUUGGAACAUGUUCCUUAACUUCACUCAGGUGAUUGGCCCUGACCUCAGCAACUACAGUGAAGAUGAGGCCUGGCCAAGUCUCUUCGAUACCUUUGUGGAGUGGGAAAUGGAGCGAAGGAAAAGAGAAGGGGAAGGGAGAGGUGCACUCAGCUCAGGGCCCGAGGGCUUGUGUCCCGAGGAGCAGACUUAGUGGCACUGUCACAGGAGCAGCAGCAAGGAUCUAUCUGCCUGCUGCCCAGCAGCCAACUGAGGAACUGGACCUUUCUGGAAGUUACUGAAGAUCCGGAUAUUUUCUACUUUACACCUUUCUCUGCCUUGUAUCUGAAAGGGCUCUAAAAUGCUGUAUCAUGUUUUAGGCACUUUCUUCACUUUUUGGUUAUUUUGGUUACUUCAUUUUUUGAGGGGGUUCCCCCAAAUAUUUGAACCUGGCUACAUGUUGUGUAUCUUUUCUUUGAAGCCUUCAGAUAGAAUAAGCCUGCCAUUUCUUGCACAUAUUGGAGGGGUUUUUUUGUGGGGGAGGGUGUAGAACAGGGAGGGCAAAUGGAACAGUUAGGUUGAAUUAACAUUACAAGGUGAUACAGUGCCAGAUCUCAGUUUAGCAUAUUCUGUUUUUCAGGGCAGGUCUGUACUGUGUGUAGUGCUGUUUACAUGGUUGAAUUUAGGUUGUAAUAAUUAUUUUUAAAGAUUUACACAGAGUUGAAUAGCAGUGUUAACUGUCAACCACAUUGCAUUAAUUCCCAGGCAGUUUAAAGCUCUUGGAGAGUUAAGGCCAGCCAGGAGUGUUUGUAGUCUGGUGACAACCCCCUUUUAAGCUAAUUUAUCCAAAACUCUUAUUACUUUCCUCACUUCCUGCUCAUUCCUUCUUUAACCUAUUGCAUUUCGUGUUGAUUUUAUCCAUCAACAUGCUGCACCUGUCAGUCAAGUGAGCAUUUUUUUUUAGAACACAUUGUACUGAGAACCACUUAAGCAUUGAAUGCAGAGAAAGCAGUGCUACCUCAGUUUUUUUGGAAGUAGACUUCGAUAGUUUUCUUUCUUUGAUGAAUUUUCUGUAUUUUCGUGUUGUAAGUGGAAAUACUUUAUUUUUUCAUUUGCCUUGGAGCCAAAGUUUCUGUUCUGGGUGGUCGGAAAACUGUGCCUACCGGCCAGCUGACUUGAAGGAAAACUGGUAUGGAGCUCUGCUUGAAUUUUUUUUUUUUUUUUUUGAGUAUCAUCUGCUUACUUGUCUGGCAAGUGCAGAAGCCUGAGGCUGGCCUGAACUCUGCCAAACAAAUACAGAAGUGUAUUUAAUAGUUACAUGUGUGCCCUUUCCCUUCUUGCUGCACCCAUGUUGUCACUUAAUCCCCAGGAAUUAUUUAUUAUCUUCUUUGUUAAUGUCAGGCUCAUUUGGGGUAACGUGAUGACUGUUUAGGUUUACAUGACCCCUCUUGCCUUCCCAUGCCCCCAGAAUAUGUAUAUAUACAUAUAUAUGUAUAUAUUUUACCUGUAUAAAAUAUAUAUAUAUACACAUAUAUGUAUCUAUAUUCCUUUGUUUCUUUGCCUGCUAUAAAACUGGCCAUAAAAUAGGGACUGCCUUCAAUAUAUAAAGUAUAGAAGAAUGCCAGGGAGUGUUAUAAUGGAGGCUUUUGAAUCAGAAUUUGGGCUAUUUUCACUUAAAAGAAGAUGAAGUUUCUCAGCCUUUUUCUCAAAGCAGGGAGGCCAGUCCCCCAGCCUCCUCUGCGUGCUUGCUCCGUGAGGCCAGAAUUGCCCCAACUGCCACCCAGGAGCGGACUUGGUUUCAGUAGAGGGUCCUCUUGUUAUUCUUCCAUUUAAAAAAUAUGUCCUCAUAAAACUGUACUGGAAAGGUGGGUGGCAGGAACUUGUAGAGUUCAGCUUCCAACACAUUGGAACAGAUUGAAAAGGGAAUCUUUUAAAUAAAAACUUACAAAAUAUUUAUCCUCUUGAGGUAAUGAGAAUUUAUCUAUUAAACACUUGGAGUUUUUUCUCCCAACUAUCCUAUCUCCCUCCCUCCCAGGUAUGUUUCUCAACCUGGGCAGAAAUUACUUAUUUUGAGUUCCUUAUUAAGUAGCCUUAUGGUUUCAGGAUCCCAUUUUAGAAUAAUGAUUAUUUAAGGAGAUUUUGCAGUUGUUGUUUUCAUAAAAUUGACACAGACAUAGGGAACACUUUUAAAUCCUAAAUCUUAGAGUUGCCCUUCUGGAGGGGCAGAUGGGUAACUUUAAAAUCAAGCCCACGGUAGGUUAGCAAUACUGCUAGAAAGCUAUAGAGGGUCUCAGGCUAAAUGUCUGGCUUUGCUCUAACCUAGGACACAAGAUCUUUGACUAAAGAGUUUCUAGGGGCUCUGGCAGGUUCUAUUGGCUCAACUGUAGUUGGGGUGCCCAGGCUGAGGUCUUAAAGAGACCACCUUCCCAUCCAGCCAAUCUGCAACCUCCUGUUUCUCCUAAUUCUGGAUUGGGUAGAGGUGGAAAGGAAAAGGCAGGCUGUGCCUCGCCAGGUAAGGCUUUCUGUCCCAGAUGAGCAGGGUGUAUGGAGAGAAGUGUACCAAAGGGGGAGGUGCUGAGGAUCCUGAGGACUCCGGAGGAGCUGGAUUCCUUCCCUGGCCUGUAAGAAGUCAUUCCAUGCUGAGGUAUACUAUAGUGUGUGGAUUUUGUUUUUAUUUAAGUUGUUCAGCUUCCUCACCCUCCACAAAAGAGCCUUUUAAAAAUUAUUUGUUCAUAUUUUUAAUAAUCUAUUUGUUACAGAAAUGUAAAUGAGAAGCCAGGGAAGUGAGCAGUCAGGGAGGGACUUACAGGUUUCUUUUAGGUUUUAGUCCCUGACGUAAGGAAUUUAAGUUAAUGCAGUAGCUCUGGAUCAGUGCUUGACUUUUUUAAGACCAUAGGGAAAGCAGUUUUUCUCCCAAGCGAUCUAAGGUGGGGUGUAUGUAGGUUUCCAGUUACAUUUCUGGGAAAUGACUUGUCCCUGUUCCUCUUCACCUAGGAAUAGGUUUGCUGCUUAAUGAGCAGUACUUGUAAGAGGCCAAAUGCAUGCUGCUCAGGUAAGCCAGUGCACACCAGGGUGGUGUGGAGAGGGGAGGGAUGUGGAUGCCCAUUUUGAAAAGACGUAGAUGCCUGAGGGGGACAACAAAGUGAAUGUUUUGGAAGUUGCUUGUUUUUGGUAAAUGGCUUUUUUUCUGAGUUUCUGUGGUGGUUCUUUAGCAAUUUGUUAGACCAGCUGUAUGAGAUGAAGUGUUGCUUCAUUGACUGCUCUUCCCCCAUCCCUGCCAAAUUUUAAUGCAUCACUCUUAACCCCACCUCCUAUAAUGACACUUUGUUGUGCUUCAGCUGAUUGCCUCAUCAGUUCUCCCCCAUCCCUGCCAGAUGUGCCCACAUGUUUGAGUUGGGUUAAGACCCCAUACCUACCCUUUUGAUAAAAGAAAAACCUAGAGUUCUGAGUAAAGAUCCAAAUCUCAACUAAGCCCCCAGGCCCCCAGAAAUCCAGCUGAAGGCAGUAUUUUCAAUAUUAAACUUCCAAGAAGGAAGAAAGGAUUAAGCCACACAGUAUUAGGCUUGGAAACCCUACUGAUCUCCCAGGGGCUGAUGCCAGGAUUCAGUCCUCAGUGCUGGAAUCUGCAGGGUGUGGGACGCCAGAGCUCAUGUGAUGGUCUCACAUACUGUACCAUGCCAAACUACAUUACCAGUGGUGGGAAAUCACUGGGAUAAGGACUUGGAUCUAAAAGCUUAGGAACCAAAAUAUCUGUAUUUAGGACUGUGUUUGGUUUGCCACAUUUAAAGGAAAGUUGAAUGCAGUGAAGCCCAGAGGUAGACCAAUUACACAAUCACAGGGGCUGGAAUGAAGCUGCUGCUGGGUUUGUAUUUUGUUUUGUAUUACUUUCCUGCUUUGCCAUUUUUCUUGCAUCUCUAAUGUUUGCUUAGUAAUGACUUGAAUAUCUUGGUCACUGACAAAUGUCUUCCUUGAGGGACUCCAGCAGUACUUGUUUAAACAGCUGAAAGGACUGUCAAAAAUGAUCCGUGUGUUACUUGGGACUCUUUUGAGGACAUGACAUUGAUCUUCCUCUUGCUCCACAAAUCUGUUUUCUGAGUCAUGUAAAGGGGGUUCCCACCCACCCCACUUCAGUUUAUUUCUAUGAUAAGCUGCAAUAAUAGCAUAUGUCCAGUUUAACCUGGACUGGGACUGUGUUUUGGUGGGUGUUUGCAGGUUUUUCCUUAUGAAAGAUGAAAUUGAUGCUUGAGCACUGGAUGCAGAAGCCAAGAUGAUUCAAGUAGCUUUGAGUAACCACCAGGUUCUGCUUUUGAUUCAGGUGCGGGGCAUCAUGUCCUCCUUAUUCCUCUUCUUAGAAACUUAGCCUGCCUCUCAGAUACCAACCCCACCCACCUACCACCUCUCCCUAUGAUUUUUAAUGCAGACUUUGGACAUUGCCAAAGGAAGCCAUUCAGCAGCUGCUGUGGGUUGAUUUUUCCUCCAUCAUGCACCUAUUCUGUCUGGUAUUAUCUGCCCACUGACCCUGGUCCCCAGCUCCUGGUCUGACUAAUUGCUUUUACUUGUUGCACUAAUGAAUAGGAUUCUAAGUUUCAAAGGGGGAAUUUGAAGCAAUAGGCAAAUGGGGUUUGGAUGAAUUGGUCCUAUAGAUACCCUGCCUUAACUCACUGAGGUGAUGAGUCCACUGCUCAUGUGAUCCUCCACCUUUGUGGAUUCUCUAGGUUUGUGACCAGUGUUUCUAUUUCUUGAGGUCGUACAAACUUGACAAAAGUCAAUACUUCAGUUUGUAUUUUCUGCACUGUUGCAGUCCCUGAGUGGUCCCUUGAAUAUUUUUUAACUUGUUACACAUGUUUUUGUCUUUGUCUACGUUCUUUCUUUUUUUAAUUUGGAAGAUUACCUGCUGUUGGUUUUAAUAAAUUUGUUUACUUGACUGUUGACAAUUUUGAGAGAAAACCACACCUCCAUCCCUUCCCUCAAAAAAGCCUAAACCACCAGUGACUUUAUUCUGGAGUAAGAUUUACCCACUUGGGAGCCUUUUCUAACAUGGCAUUGGAUAGCAAUUCCUAUUCUUUGGAAAAUAACCCAGAUAAUACAGGCUCCAGACUCCCGAUAUGGGUAUUGACUUCCUACUCACCAAGCUUAAUCGUGUUCUUUGGGGUUCCAGUACUUACAAAAAGCAAAUGAGACUUCAGUGGCCACCACCUAUAUCAUCUUACCUCAGCAACUGAUGUGGAUUCGUAUGAGAAAUAGGAAGUAAAUUUGAACACUGUGUAAAUGGAUGGCUCCCGCAUCUAUCCGGUUGGCAGUGAUUAAGGCAAAGGAGAUAAGCUGAAACUGUCAAGUACCACUGCUGUGUGAUCUUUGGCAAGUUAGUGAAAUUCUGAGUUUCCUUUUUACUCAACUGUAAAAAUCAAAGAGACGUAUUUCCAUCAGAAUGUUAGGAUUUAAAAGAAAGACCUUUUAAAGCACUUAAGAAACGAAAAGGUUGAGGUUUUCAAAAGGAUGUCAGGUAAGAAAUGCAGGGAAUCCAGAGAAUAGGAGGGGAGCUGGCAUGGCCACAUGGGGGCUCAGCUUCCCUCUGUGUCAGACUUGGGGGUGGGAGGCUUAAUACUAACACAAUCCCUGACAGCUCCAUCUCGCUCUUAGAGAAGUCUGAUUAUGGUAGACCACUUAUGACCCUUAGCUUCCUUUCAUUGUAUUUUCUGUCUGGUUUCUGUUUAUAUUCAGGAAAGCUAUUGGCCAGCCAUCUUACUUCUUUGAUGAGGCUCUAAUAGCCUUCCCAGAGAUUCUCAGCCUCAUGUUGGUAUCUCCAGAAAGUAAGUACAGUGGUGAGAUUAGAUGUGCUUUUACUUUACUUUUCUAAUCGAAAGGACUUGGAAGUCAUGGCUACACCCUCUUUCUAGCUAGGGAGAGGGUUGUAUGUUUGUUUUCUCAAUGAAUUGGAAUUUCAUUUUCUCUUUCAACCUUAUUACCAAGGUCAGCAUCAGAUUGAGGCUGGAAGGAAAUCUAGGUGGGGGUGACUUGUUUUUCUUACUUAAAAAAUAUACCUCCAAAGCAUGUACUUAUUCCCCAAUUGGUUCUUGGGUUUGUGUCUUCUGUGCUCUGGCCCUGUGAGUUACCAAGUCCAGCAAGGGCCUUACAAAUACAAGUGUGGAAAAUAAGGAAGCAUGCUGAUUUAGGUGCUUUGUAUAGAGACUGGCACUAUUCAAAGUGUUGUCAGAGUGCUGUACAGAUUAUAGACAGUUAAAACCCCAUUUUCAGUCAGAACUUUUGGGCAAGAACUUCACACAGUUAUCAGAUGUGCUUAACUGCAUGUGGAAUGGACUUCUGGCAAGAAAGGUAGAGUGAAGGUGGCGCUGAGGGUCCAGCGGAGUACUGUCGAGUCGCCUCAGCACUGGCCAGCUCCCUCCUCACAGAUCCAGCUGCCAGAAAGCACAUGGCUGGGUCGGCUCUGGAUGUCAUCUCUGGCUUUGUGUUUUGCGUUAGGCCCAAAAAGGUUAGUCUUUCUGGAUAGGAAAGGCAAGGCACCCAGCCUAACCUCUCAUCCUCUCCUUUACUGUGACUUUGGAGGCUGUGCUCUGUCUUACAAAAGCCAUAAGGCUCUUAGUGGGGUUUAACGUUCUUCCUGUAUAACGUUCCAGCCUUGACUCUCCUGCCUUAGGGGUGCUGAGAAGUCCUACUUGGAUGUGGUAGCAAGGUAGUCAGCAACAAAGCAUCUAACUCCAUAGUGUUUUGUAAUCCACACUGACAGGGACUCUCUGUGGACCCUGUGUUUAUCUGGGACGGUGCUGCUGAAAUGGCUAGUAUGUUAAAAUACAGAGCUACAAAACAGUAUGGUACUAGUCUAAGAAAGGACAGAAGAAAACAUGCACAAAGGCUCUUGUAUAUACAUGGACUUACAUAAGAAAGGAGGCAUCCUCUACUGAGUAAGUAAAGACAGCUAAUUGGAUAAAAUCUAAAUAUUUGGGGGAAAGUUGCCAUAUGCCAAAAUAAAUUCCAGGAGGAAUAAUGGUGUAAGUAUAUAUAGGAACAUAUUUGAAAUAAUUGACAAGUGGACACUAUACUGAAUCCAUAAGGAGACCUUAAAAAUUCAGUAUGGGAAAGUACUUAACAAUGGGAACAUGGACAAAGGAUAUGGACAACUCACAGAAGGAAAACAACUGGCCAAAGAGCUUCUAGAGAAGAUAGUAGACACCAGUCUAAAAGGUACUCUAAUAAAAUGCAGUUGAACCCUUAAAAAACUUUUUUUUUAACCUACUAAAUUGGCAGAGAUUUCAAACAAAUCCAUGCUAGCAAACACAAGGUAGAACUUCUCUGGAAUUUAAAAAAUCUUAAGUGUUCAUACUCUUCAAACCAAUAAUUCUACUUUUAGGAAUUUUUCCUCAAGAAAUAUUAUUUGCCAAAGAUGUGUGUGCAAGGAUAUAAGUGACAACAUCAUUUGGGAACAACUUUAGUGUCAGCAAUUAGAAGUCCUGGCACACACUAACAUGUGGAGUACUAUAUAGCCAUUAAAAAUAGCUUUUGGCUAAUGGAAGAAUGUAAAAUAGUGAUAGUCAUUGAACUCUGAGUGGUGGGAUAGAUGUGAUUUUAACUUUUCUGGAUUUUUUGUUUCCAUUAAUGGGUUUACAUACAGUGAAGAAGUUAUUUACAAGAUGGGGGACAAAAAAUGAAAACAAACAUGGCUGAGUCUUCUGAACAACCCCACUAAGGGUGAAGAGAUCAGAAAGUUGGGAGUAAUAUAUUCAAAGCCUAAAUCAAAAGUUCUGUAAAAACCUUUGGAGUUGCUUUUUCCCCCAAAUGAGAAGUUGCUUCUCCAGCAGCUGCCUUGGCAGCUCUGCAUUGGCUGCAUAAAAGGGUGUGGGAGGAAAAAUGCACAAACGCACUUAUGAAUGGAAUGUGUAUUUUGCAAGAGGCCAAGUUGGCAGCUUUGGCUUCCAAAAGGUGGGAGCAUCAGCUGAAAGAACAGAGUGUGCAGACUGAGGCCUCCAGAGACCUUAUGAUCUGGGCCCAUCUCUGCAGCGUUGCGGAUUUGGGAGCUCGGGGAAACCUCCAGCCUUACCAUCCAGAAGGAAAUGACCUUGGCAAUUCCUGGGAGCAAAGGGAAUGCUCCUGGCCCAGGGAGCCCUAAUCUGCUCCAGAAUCCUACACUUGGAAGGUAAUUCUCAGUAAAAUGUUUUUUUGAACACUUAAUGUGGGCUUUCCCUAAUCUAACCCUCCUAACAACCUUA